AUUUUUUGUUUUACAGCAAGAAGGAAAAAUCCGGGAAAGGGACAAUGACGCAAAUUGAAUGACUACGAGAGGAUGAGAAGAGCGCUCGAGCGGAAUAGGCAUGGUGCAACCGUGCAACAUGUCGAAGGAAGAAGCGGCUCAGUAAAAUAUUCCGGCCGGUGAAUAAAUCGCCGAUGGCAAGGUCGUGGACUAACGGCCGCCAGUCUGGCGUCGAUGCUGCCAGUUGUAACGCGCUGGACGCGAGGAUGCGUUCGAGUGCAACCGCGGACUUCCCUUUAAAUUCGUGAGCAGUAUGAUGACCUCGUCAUUCUCUCGGAAGGCUAAAAUUGUUCGUGCAGCUGAUGGCGAUUUAGAAAGGCGAAAGGACACUCACAAAUGCCAAAUGCUAUUAUCAGAUAGAACUAAUGUAACUAUUGUGAUAAGACAUUUUUGUCAUUCUAAGAAAUAAAAUGAAAGAAAAAAAUGAAUUAAAGUUUCCGACAAAAGUUUUCCAUUCGUUUUUUGACAUCUUCAAUUGAAGUUAGGUACAAAAAUACAAUUGAAAAUAUACCAUGCUUUCAGGUUAAAAUUUAAUUUAGCAUAAAAAUCAAAUAAAUUAUUUUCGAUCAUGAUAAAAGAAAAUUAUAUAAAAUAUUUGUAAUAUUUGCAUAAUUACACAGUGUGCAUAUUGUGUUUGUAUUUGAAACAAAGGGGUUGUAUUAGAUUAAAUUUCUUUAAUGCGAAAAGAACAAAAAUGUUUUAAGAAUACGAAGUAUUGCACCAGUAAUUUAUUCCAUAAAUUAAUGAUAUUAAUAAUUCAUAUACUAAUAUACAUUUUACUUAUCUUAAUAUUCUCAAAAAUUACAGCAAAUUAUCUUUUAAAAGAUAUACAAGUUUUAAUCGGAUAAAUUGGAAAUGUCAAGACAAUGCCCCAAUCCAAAGUGCAUUGGAAAUAAAAAUAAGAGUUUGACCAGUCAUAAAUACAAGAACAAAGAGAAGGCUCUGAGACCGCCAUCAACGUCACGUCGAAGUUCUUCGGACAAUUCCACCGCGUCGCGAAAUAAAAGGACACCGAAACAUAAAAAGCCGAAGUCAAAGCGUUCCAAAGAUGGCUCGAAAAAUUCGAGGACGUCAUUUAACAUCGAGUCGAGAAAGUGCAAGAAGUAUGUCGGAAGAUCCGCAUUGUUCACCCGUGAAUUUUUGGCAGAGCGUCGCAGUAGCGCAAAUUCGCACGGACAUGCAAAUCUGCGGAGCACGUCUGAGAAGAGGAACAAGAGGCAGAGAAAAAGAUCGCGUCGCCGACAUAAAAAGGCUUCGAAAAGAGAAAGCGCUCGACCGAGGAACAAUAACUGUUUCGCGAGACUUUGUGUCUGUAUGCGAGAUCGCAGUUCGGAUGAGUUAAGAGUUUGCAAAUGCACGUCAUCUCACGGGACUCCUUCGCAUCGCGAGUGCUACUCUGUUAAAGACGGACAAGAAGGGACGAAACGAGUGACACGCAGAAGUACAUUGAAGAAUGAUACACAAGUGGGUAAAAAUACAGCAGGCCCAUCGAACAGCGAGAGAAAACUCGCAUUCAAACGUUCGCACAAAUUAUCGCUAGCAAAACCAAAGUUAGCACAUUUCUUAUAUAAGUUCGUAUUUCUUACUAAGAGAUUACGUUUCGUUAACGACUUCAAUUUUUUUAUUAUCAAAAUUUGCAGUGAAGAACGGAGCAUGAUUACCAGAGGAUUAAAUACUGUUCGCAGAGGAAUCGACAGAUUUAGUGUUUAUGUAAUUAGUUUGGUGACAAAAUAACAUUAAUUAAAUAAUUGGAUGGA